AUGGAUUUUGGUGUCCAGCCUGUUGUGAAGAAGCGCGAGGGCAGACGCAAAUCGCGAUUUGGCUGUCGGAACUGUAAACUGAGGAAGUUGAAGCCACUCUCCGAGAAACGAGCAAAGCAGGAAAUACCAUGCCGAGCAGCCCGGUUGCCAUCGCCGCGGCCAGCUAUCAGCAAUGCCAUAUGGGCUGAUGAUGGGUCCACGUUCUUCAUGCUAGACUCGAAAGACCAAGAGCUUUUUAAUCGGUUUCGAUACCGAACCGUAUACUCCCUCGGUGGUUCGGUAAUGGUAGACAUAUAUGAAAGUCAUAUGCUGUGGGCGUCUUUUACCUGUCCAUUCUUGAUGCACGGGUCAUUGGCAGCGGCAGCUGUUCAUGAUCGCUAUCUUGGCGUGACACCAGCACCUCGACGCUCUUUACGGGAAUCAUAUCACUGGUUCCAAUGCACUAUCUUGUUCAACAAACGGUUGAGUCAACACAUUAAGGAAGAAGACAAGGACCCUCUUUGGGCUACAGCUGGCAGUAUCGGCAUAUUAACUUUCUCAUCCAUCAAUGCCUGUUUGCCAGACCAUGCAUGGCCUUUGGGGGCACCCGAUCCCUCAGAUUUAGACUGGCUACGGCUUGGGGCUGGCAAAAUGUCACUGUGGUACCUUCUGGACCCCCUGCGGCCAGGCAGUGUGUUUCGGAGCAUGUCCGAGACCUUGCAACAAAUGCAUCAACCGUUGCCUGAGAAAGGCCUCGACAGCGUGUUGGCUGAAUUAGUGCACGUAUGCGGGCUGAGCGAGUCUUCGAGCCGCGAGAACAACCCCUACUUUACGGUUGCACACGGCCUUUCUCGGCUUUUGGAGAAACCAAGGGGCGAGGCUUCGCAAAAUAGUGCGCUGGGGGUCGCCAGCAAGAUGCACAAUGACUUUCGCAUGUGCUUAGAGAAGAAGGACCCGAUAGCGCUUCUGUUACUGUGCUUGUGGUACACCCGAGCUCGCGAAACUAGAUGGUGGAUUGACUUUCGCGCUAGAUAUGAAAUCCCGGCGAUUUGCACCUACUUGCAGCGAUAUCAUAAAGACAACAGCGCCAUCCAGGCACUUAUACCUUGGGACGAAAUGAGGGAGAGUAAUCAAGAAGUCCACGAUAAUGAGAAACUUUGUUUGCUCGGUCAACCCGGAUAA